CGCAACAAUCCGCGAUUGGAUGGUCAGCCAAACACUAAGAAACAUGUCGACUGGAGUAACCCCACUCUGAUGAUCAUGUCGCUACUAGCUGGCAUUGGCUUCGCUGUCGGCCAUCAUUUCUACUAUCGCUGGCUGAACGGAAAACAGGUUGGAGAUUCUCAUCAUCAACAGUGGCCAUUGCGGAUUGGCACCGGGUUUGCUUGGCUCGUAGCCUUGUUCUUAAAGACGUCAAUUGGAGUAGCCUAUAUUCAGUAUGUUUGGAUGAUUUUGAGACGCAAAUCCUUCUCUCUC